UCGUCAGCCAGAACAAAGCCGGGUCGCCGCUGCUGCCGUCGGGGAUAUAACACUGACAUCUCUCCUGAGAAACUGCGAUAGUCUCUAAACUUUACCUUCACCAUGACCAACAAAGCGACUCCUCUUCUCUUCAAGGCGCUGCUGGAGAUGUCUGAAGCCCACUCCUCAAAGGUUGUGCGAGGAAACAAUAAAAGAGCGAAUAUCAGACACUUGUGGGCCUCCUGUGGGGCUCUGGCAGUGAGAAGGACCAGCCUGCCUCUCUGUCCUGCGGUCCCCGUCAGCACACCCAGCCGCAACUUCAUCAACCUGGCCAUCCCCAUCAGCGCACGCAGGAUGGAGUACACCGAAUGCCGGACAUUAGAGUUUACUCCAGAGCAGAUGUACAGUUUGGUUGCCAGUGUAGACCAGUACCAUCACUUUGUUCCAUGGUGCAAGAAGUCUCAGGUCAAAAAGGGACGAAAUGGCGACAUCUGGGCGGACCUGGAAAUAGGUUUCCCCCCCAUCGUAGAGCGCUACACCUCCGAGGUCACUGUCAUCCCAAACCACCAAGUCAGGGCCGUGUGUACUGAAGGAUCCCUCUUAAGCCAUCUUGAAACGAUAUGGAGGUUCGCCCCUGGACCCAAAGAUGCACCAGGCUCCUGCAAAGUGGAUUUCUAUGUGUCAUUUGAAUUCAAGUCCAUUCUGCACUCUCAGCUGGCCAACGUGUUCUUCGACGAAGUGGUCAAGCAGAUGGUCAACGCCUUCGCAUCACGGGCAGCCACACUCUACAAGAACCAGCAGGAGGCGCCAUUGAGGAGACGGUCGGCAUGAGGUGAUCCUUUUGACCAUCCACUUGGACCUUAAACCAAACGUUGCUCUACUUUUUAUCAACACUUGUCUUACAGAGGAGACUGGUUCUUCUUUUGCACCCACUCAUAUCUUAUACUUGAGUUGACACGCACCUUGAAUGUAAUUCAAACAAUUUAUUUAUUAGACACAAGCUAAUUUAUUUACUUUCUUGUACAUAUUUAUUUACUGAAAUGAAUAAGAAGUUUUCAAAUGAACAUGUUCUCUGUCUGAAAUUGUGGGGUAAUGUAAAUGAAAUAACGCCUGCUCAGUGCUGAAACAUCUAAAAGGAUUUUCUUGUUUUAGCACUUUUUUGUUGGUUGAAUUAAAGUGCUUUUAUUUUGGUAA